AAAUACAAAGGUAUUGAAAAACGCGACUCAAACUUUCUGGAAGGAAAGAAAGAUUUAGAGAAGGAAAAACAACAAGCUCAAUGUCCUUGACCGUUUGCGGCUUUAGGUGUGGGCCGUGAGGAUGGGAAGGAUGUGGUGACCUGUCACAAACCCGCUAAUUCGGAGAAACAUGACAGACCCGUGAGUCAUGAGGCCCCCUACCGGGGUACACGCAACUUUUUGCCUUCAGACCAUCUCUUAUCCCCUAACAUUCCUGCAAACUUGUCAAACCUACAAAAGUCGAAUAUCACGACAACCAAAUCGUUCCGAGUCCUUCUAAGACUCCUGGCAAAGAAUUGCCUAUCAGUUGGAGAUUUUGUACCGGAAAGGGGGCCUGUUUUCAAUUACUGCCCCGCCUGAUACAAAUUUAGAAGCUUGGGCUGGCUGGCGAGCACUUUAUUUUUGGGCUGACGAGCCAACGCAUGCGUACCCAGUGGAACACGACUUCAGGAUGCCGUUUCAACAUGGCAGACAUUGCAAUACUCGAAGGUUUGCUCAAGCACAGAGAUGGAAGAAAGUGGAAACAGCGAUGGUGUGUUCUCAAGAGGUCGUCUCCCAUUGCAGACCGCCUGUCUAUGACGUUGUACAAGGACCGGGCAGAUAAGAACAAAGAUGGGAAAGAAAAGGCCACCCAUUCCUUGGAGGACUUCUGUGGCAUUGAGUCGGGCCUUGUUGUGGAGGGAGUCAGCAAUGUUAUGGCCAUUAUCUGCCAGCAGCGUGUCUUACUGCUGGCGUUUGAGAGCAGAGAGAAGAUGCUGGUUUGGGAGCUCAAGAUUCGUUCUACCAUAGGAGAAGCCUGGCGCUUUCCCGUGGUGAUUCCCUCUGGCAGUAAGUUCCCCACCGGUCCGGCCAUGCUCCACUUCUACUCCAACUACUUCUGCCUCACACACGGCGUCCCUCCCAAGUUACUGUGGUGCUGGCAGUUACAGGGGAUACGGCGGUAUGGCGCCAUUGCCGGAGGCUUCAGCUUCGAGGCAGGCUCCAAGUGUGGGAAAGGGUCAGGACUGUUCUAUAUCCACACUGAAGAGGCAGACAGCCUACAGAUGCUGUUCAACUGUGUGGCCAGUGGAGUCCCCCCUCCCCGUAUGGACCUGCGGGGUUCUCUCUCACAUCAUCCCAGCACAGGGGUGUCGCCACGGGUUACCGUAUCUCCCGCCCACCACAGGUGGCUCACAGGUCACCAAGAGUCUGUUGCUUCAGAGGGCAUCUACACCAGAUAUCUGGGAUGUUCAGAAGACUCCCUGAGCCUUUCCUCAGCAUCCAGCGGUGCCUCCUACGGACACGCCACAGAACUCGCCUCAGAUAGCUCCAGCCCAGUCCUGAGAAGAAAUUUCAGUAGGAAGUCGUACGAAGAUCGACACAGAGACCAGGACAGCAACAGAAGCACCAGCAGCAGUCCCAAGCACCUGUACGACACGCCAAACAAGGCAAAAGAACUUUACGACACCCCGCGUAUGCACCAUGCAGAGAUCGGUAUCGUCAGACCAAUGUCACAGAGUCAAGAUGCCCCAGAUCAGCCAUUUGCUAUGUCAUCUGAGGAGGACCUUCCACUUAAGGUAGACAGUAGGACUCCGUCCGUGGGAGCUGUCAACUAUGAUGUGCCAAAGAAUCUGACCAAACUGGCAGAAAAGAUUCCGGCUGUGCCAAGCCAGGGCCAGGAUGACCAAAGUCACAGGAGAGACACCAUCUCCUCAGACUACAUGGAGAUCGGAAGUGACGGAGCAUCCUCACUUAGUGACAUGAAGAGCCUCACAGACUCAGCUAUCGACACUGCCAGCUUCUCUACAGACCCUGACAAACGCAAGUCACCAGAUCCAGACACUGCAGAUGAAGUGUUUGAAUGCUCUGAUGGAACAUUGAAGAAAGAUAACAGUGAUGAUGAAGAAGAUGCCUCAGAAUGUGGGGAUAUGGAAGAUGAUCCUGACAAGCUGAAGCAAGGUGAUGAGAAAGAGCAGAGGAUAACCUCACCUGCAUCACCCGUCCCAUCAUCAGAAUCUGGCCGGGGCAGCCAGUACGAGAUGAUGACUCCUCCAGGGUCCGUCACAGGUGACAGCGCCAUUGUAGAAGACGAGGGGAUGAUCGGUACUUACGGCACCAUGGCAGGGCAAGGAGCAGAAAACCAAGGCCAUGUCAGACAACACAGUCUGAAGGCGUAUCUGCAGAUGAAGCCCAUGCGCUCACACAGCAUUGGUGGUGCAGUUGGCAGGAAGGAUGGUCCCGAGCAGUGGUAUCAGGUUCCUCGUGAACUGUGCUCACCCACCGUCGGCAGGAGAGGUCAGGGCAGGCCCCUGUCUAGGGCAAGCUCUGAUGAGACAUCUGGCAGCAGUAGCCCCAAAUCCUUCCCCAAGGAGGGUCUGAUCCAGGAACCACUUUAUCAGGUACCCAGAAAACUCUGCAGCGUUGGCCAGGAGGACACCGCAGAGGAAGACAUCUACAACAAUGUUGCAGUGAAGAGAUGGCAGCUUCUCAAGGAGAGGGUCCUCAAAGAGCAAGAGGCAGAAAAAGAGGCUGAAGAAGCUGCAAAACAUGCAACAAGGAGUCAAGGUGUUCCAGUGUCCUCAUAUGAAGACAUGCAGCCAGCAAUGGAAAAAGAGGCAGCAAUGCUAGAAAGACACAAAGGAGCAGAAGGCACACAUGUAGCUGAGUCCUAUGAAGCAAUGGAGCCAAGAAGCAUCAGCAAGAAUGUGCCUGUUACACCAGAAAGUUACGAGAGCAUGGUACCAGCACAUAUACAGCAUCCAGCCAAGGAGGGGGAGGAGGAAGAUGGACCACAAUAUGAGAACCUGCCAUUCUGGCAACAGCAGAAGCAACAGCACCUUACCAUGGAGGCUCGAGGUCAAACAGAAAAGUCCCCCAUAAACUAUGAAAUGAUGGAUGUCCAGUUUGAUGACAUGCCCAUGGCUGACACAUAUGGUGCUAUUCUCGGCAAGACUCCUGUAGUUGAAGAAACCUAUCAAGUCUGUCCUAAAGGUGCUCUCGGGGCAAUGUCGUAUGAAGACAUGCAGCCAGCCAUCUUGAAAAAAGAUCCCUUCUGUCUUCUUAACACGAGUCCCUCAUCAGGAGAAUCUCAGAAAGAAUUCUUCACGUUACCUGGAAGAAAAGUUUCACACGAUUCUGAGGCUGCUGACAAGUACAAAACAAUGGAAACUUUCAAAGGGGUCUCCCCAGCUUUGAAGAGGAAAGUCCUGCCAAAGGAGUUGCAGGGUGAAUAUGAAAAUGUUGCUGGGCUUAUUCGCAGAACACAUGGUCUAACUAUCCCUCAAAACAAAGGCAAUGGGUACGAGGUGAUGGAAGUUUCCAAUAAAGGAAAAAGCGAGAUACCAAGUUCUGAUAUUCCAGCUGAUAUCUACCAAAACGUGCCAUCACUCACUGCAGCUUAUAAAGAUGUUCAGAAGUCUACUUUGAAGGACAUCCCAGUGAAAGAACAGUACGAACUUAUGGCAACUCUGAAAGAAAUGGAAGACUACGAAAAAAGUCAUAACUCAAAAGGAAAGAAGCCAACUGGGGGCAGCCUCAAUAACUCUAAAAAAAGAGAAGCCUACAUGGACAUGGCCCAGAAAGUUCAAAAGUCUCCCGGUAAACCACGUCUACAACAGCUGCAGGUUGACUUGGAUGGAAUCUUGUCAGGAGAAACAGAAACAGACCCUUCCUCCCCAAAAUUGACGAGAGCGUCAAGUGCUCCAACGAAACGAACCACCGUCAAAGAGGCUGCGCAGAUGUAUGAAGUAAUGACACCAAAUCAGAGUGCUGAGGCUAGUCAGUAUCGCGAGCGCUGCCAUACUGACCCAGCUAGUCCAAAACCCAGGUUAAAGUCGACUGACAGUACUUUCAAUUAUGAAGUAAUGAAUCCAGAGGUGACCCACGCAGGUGAAGUUCUACAGCGGCGACACACGGACCCUCCAUCCGGCACACAGGAAAAAUGUACCAAAGAAGACGUUUCACAAUUUCCUCUUAAGGGAAAAAAGAAGAAACACGACGGUUCAGCUUGCACUAUAGAACGUCCAAGACAUGGAAAAUCAUACGGCAAGGUGAACAGAGGUAAAAUUCUGAAAGGCAGCAUAUCGGAGUCAGAAAGUGAGUCAUCGGGCAGUCAAGUAAGCAUUAGCACGCAAAAUACAGAGUCGGACACAAUGAGUCCACCUACCUCACCCUCACACAACCCAACUGCUGCCCAGAGGUUGGACAUUGCCAGAAGCAUGGCGGGAAGCUCGUGUGCCAUGCACAGUUACAUGAACAUACAGCCUGUCCCGGAGAGUGAACCUACCUAUAUGAACCUGCCGUCCUCAUCCCACCAGCAUGGUGCCAUUGUGCCAGAAGCAAACUACAUGAACAUCCCCAAGUCUACGGAACACAUCAGAAAGCAGCUGAACUACCUGUCCCUCGACGUCUACAGCUUGGGUGGGGGUGCGCCCGGGGAGAGAGACCCAACUGCGUAUGCCGAGAUUGACGUCACGGCCACAAAGUCUGCUCACAAGGCUGGACUACAGCAUGCUCACUCCAGAAAAGAACUGCUCAAAGAUAACAACAACAUCUGAUAAAUCUACAAAGUUUUCAGCUGUUGAUUGAUGGACAAAGCACCUCUAACUUGCACGGUAUUCAUGUUGUGCUGAGGUGAAUGUAAGUUGUUGUCAAUUCUGUUAUUGGACCACAUACUGCUUGCUCUGCAAAUUCUUGUGAGGCUUUGCUUUGGAUGGAUUGUCUGGUUGUACCCAAAAUUCCACUACCAACAUUUUGCAUUAAGUGCCCUCUCUUCACAGAUUGAGAUGGGAAGGUAAGAGUUGAAUUAAUUUCAAACCUUCACAGCAAAGUCUGGAUGUCAUUUGGCAAUUUGGAAUGAAGGCAUUUGGGCUGAUGUUGCCAGCCUCUUCUGGAAUUUUUAAACUUCCAUCAGUUGAGCACUGUGGAGCAGUUUUGAUUUGAGAGGGUGUAUGUCAGGGGUCCUCAGCAGCUAUGGGGUGUCAUUUUAAUUGUAUAUUGGAGCAGGCCUCCAUUUGCUAGGGACCUCACAGGCUGACCACUGCUGUCACAUCUGGUGUGCCUGAAGUUUCUUACCUGUCUGGUGGAGCGUACGGGUUGAUCUGAAGCUUUACAACAAAAUUUCUAUUUUGCGGCUUUGAGAGCCAAAGUUUGUAGGAUGUACAUUACAGUGUGGAGUGGGGUGGUUGAUUGUGAGUAGUAGACCUUGAUGUUAAUAAUUUUAUGCCAUGCAAUCAUGCCUGUAUAUAAUGUCAAUGUUGGGUAACUGUUUUCUGUGAUUUUUUAAACUUGGGUUGAGUUUAUGAAUGCCAGUACACUCAAUCUUUAUAGCAGCAGGUGCAUGCGCCUUUUUAGAUGUUUUUGGCUUAAAUUUGUAUAUCAUUCUUAGACAUUGUCGUAUUGUACAUUUGUAGAACAUUGUGAUGUAUGUACAUUUGUAUGUAUUGUAUUGUAUUUUGUUGUAUACCAUAAGUUUAGGAUGGUUCUUAAUCACAUCUGUCAUUCUCAGGACCUUAAUACAACAUACCAGCUUUGUCUGCUUGUAGUCUGGCUUAGAAGACAUUCCGUUCCGAUGGACAACCCAUGCUUAGAAGUUCAGACCUCUAUGAUUGGUAUUUGUUCACCUAACUAGAUCUCAUGACUCGGCUGUAUUAAUGGGUUAUAAAAGCCUAUUUGGCAGACAUGUUUUCAAUGUCCUGCACUAUUUGAUCUACAUAAGAGACUUUGUAAUAUGACAUUUCCCCCUUGAUGAGUUUGAAAGCUUAUGGUGUAAAAGGGAUAUUGCAAUUGAUAAAUAAUGAGGAUACAUAAUGAGGCAACAACCUUGUACAGUUGUAGGAAACUUACUUCAUGUAAGGCUGAAUGGGGAACGUAACCUGGGCCUGAUGCCACUGCAGUCAAGUCAUCCUGGCAGUCAAAGUCAUAUCAAUGUAACCUUGUAACAGACUGGUUCUUGUUUUGGAUCUGUCAUUUUCUGCCGUGGUCCUGUCCACAGGAAGACAUCACAUUGUUGGCAGGCAUAGGAGUUAGAAAAUGUAUAGAGUUGAGCAUUUUGAUCAGGAUCUUGUCGUAAAUGAUUCUGGAAACCUUUGAUGCCUGUCCAAUAGGAGAUGCACAAUGAUUGUAUGGACCUUAUGAUAGUCCUAGUGCUGCAUCUUAAUUUUCCUUUACAUGGCCUUUAACUUGUUCACAGCACAACACUGCCAGUAGUUGAAGCGACCACAACCAGCAAACCUUGCAAUUGUCAGAUUCCACCAAAACGUAGCAUCCAUCUUGUAAGUCUUGUAAUAAAAAUGACAAAAUGGCCAUGGUAUGGGUUAGCUGUAAAAACACUCGGGGUACCGUACAGUCAACAUAGCUGAUUAUCCAUUUAAAUUUGUCAGAUGAGGAUGUCUAGCAUUUUUCAUAUACAUGUAAGUUGUGCAAAUGAGACCUUCUACUUCUAGUGUUCUUUGACAGCGAUGUGCUUUUGACGGCGAGGUUUAAAAAAUACAGGAAAGCAAUAACCACAGUGAUGAUACAAGUGUCCAGGAAGAUAUCGAAGGGCUAUGAUGGCCUUCGGUUUUCCCCAUCAGUAAUAUGUGCUUAUAGUAAUGUCUGGAAAAAGUAGUUGAUGUUUCUGUAUGUAAUUUCCUUCUACUUCAAUUCAGCUGUGAUCUGAACUUCAGUACUGAUUGGUAUUGGAGUAAUGCAGGGCAUUUUUGUAAUGAGAGGUUCACUCAUUUUAAGUUGUAAAGCAGUAUAUCUGAGCCAAAUAUAACAACUGUGCUCUUACAAGUGGCAUCUUUUGUCAGAAUUUAACGUAAUGAAGGGAACAAAUUUCAGAUGUUGAGAGAUAAUAUGAAUGGAUAUAUUACUUAUUGAUAAGCCAAUAUACAUUGUAAGAAACUUAUAUGACAACUUAAAGCUAAUGCAACUCUGAUUGUGUUUCAGACACUGCAUUUGAAACUGUUUUUAUUUAUUCAUUGAUUUGACACAACUCUGACAGCUACAAGUUGAAAUUUUGAGCCAGAGAUAAAUAUGAUACAGAUAGAUUCGUUGUUUUUUCCUGUAAGAUGGAAAUAUAAUACUUAUUGUACAAACCACAAUAUGGCCAUGUUUGGCGAAAUGUCUCAGAUGUUUGCAUUUCUAAACAUCCCAUAAAACCCUUGAACACUGUGGGAGAGCCUUUGAGUAUCUCCUCCACCAUUUUCUAUUUGGUAAAUAUCAGAUGUACAAUUUUAACAUCUGCACUGGAUACUCCUUUCUGUAAGGAUCAGGUACAGAUACACAAAACGCAGCAGAGCUCACUACUUUUUACAGUUAUUGAAUCCGAUUAUUGAAUACUUAUGGUGGAAUUUUGUACGUGUACUUACAAGCCUCUGAUGCACAAAAAUCAUGCCAUGCUAUCCUACACCUGCACAACUUGUGGCAGUUUCCUUUUAAACUUGCUACGAAGGUCACUUUGCAAAAUUACGUUUAACUCUUCUGUUCAAAAGUUUUACUGUUAACUUUUCUGCCACCCUGAUUCAUUUCAAGUGUCAAAGGUACUGCCAUUACUCUCUAUUGUCAUCCCAUUUUGCUGAUAUUUUCUAACAUGCUGAACAUUUGUUUGGGAUUAAUUAACACACAAAAAUUCUGCAUAAGUAGCAAACAAGUGCCUUGAGCUGACUUUAACCAUGAGGACUGGUUGCCAUGGUGAUAUCAGUCAUGUCAAAGGAGCCACACGAUGGUAAAUGAAGAUUUGAUUCAAACAUUGUACAUACAUGAUUGUGUUAAAUAUAAUGAAAAUAUACUAUUUAUUUUGAAAAAAUGUUACACUUUGUAUAUGCCAAGAUUUUUUUCACGUUGCCUUAAUGGAGAAGAAGACACCUUUUCGUGUCUUAUGGUAAAGAAGGCUGCGAAGGAUAGUGUAAUAUACAGGAGUGGCAGCCUUAAAAUGAGAGCAAUCUUUAUGAAUAUGAAGCAUAUUACAAGCUUGUAUGGUAACUGGCAGUGAUAGUUUGUAUUAGUAUUGUAUAUGUUCAAUGGAGCAAAGUGAAGAAGUAUUUUGAGUAUUAUGGUUGCAAUACCGGUAUUGUACAUGUACACACCAGUGGCAAAAAAGGUGUUUGGAAGGUUCGUGUUGAAUUUUAUGUUGCAAAGUAAUUUUAAUGUUUUAAUAAAGGUUGUUUUACUUCAAAA